CGAGAGAGAGGCAGAGGAAAGGCGACUAGGAACCGAAGAAGCACUACAGCCGUGGGUGCCCGCUACCAUGGGAGCCUUGCAUCACUUGCCCGAGCCGUUGCUUCGUCCGUGGGCCAUGUCGUGAUACGUGGGCUCCACCAGCGGGAUUUCUGUCCGUAAUCCGAGCCGCCGAGGAAGGGGGGAGAAGAUGUCCGCCUCGGUGGGCCCUCGGGGCGGCCCGCGCCCACCCGUUGCGCCGGCUUCCAUGCCUGAGCCGGACCUGAGCCAUCUGACUGAGGAAGAGAGGAAGAUAAUCAUGGCCGUGUUAGCUCGACAGAAGGAGGAGGAGGAGAAGGAAGAGGCCAUGUUAAAGGAGGAGAAGCCCAUCCAAGCAAGAACUGUGAACCUGGUAGGCCAAAAGAAGCCUCCUCAGCAAAAUGAUGUCAGAGGUAUCCAGCAGCAGUUGUCCAGCUACAGGGAGACGGUGCGGCGGGUGGGGGAGGAGACGCGUCGGCAGACCACCACGGGCCAGCAUCGGGACGACGCGCCUACCUGUGGCAUCUGCCACAAGACCAAAUUCGCUGAUGGCUGUGGCAACCUCUGCUCCUACUGCCAGAUCAAGUUCUGUGCCCGCUGCGGGGGGAGGGUGUCCCUGCGCUCCAACAAUGAGGAGAAAGUGGUUAUGUGGGUGUGUAAUAACUGCCGUAAGCAGCAGGAGAUCCUCACUAAGCCAGGGGAGUGGUUCUCAGGUCCAGGGAAGCCAGGUCUAGGCUCAGGCAUCAGUGACCCGGCCAUGUGUGGCCUGAACCCCAGUGACGAGAAGCUCCGUUCCCUCUCCCAGGUCCCCCUGGGGCCCCACGAUGCCAACUGCCCCGGUGACCCAGCACUGGCACCAGGAAUGGACCUCCGCUCACGCAGCGAGCCGCCGAGAAAGCCGGGUGAUCAGAACAGUAAAGGUCGAGGUGAGCGUCGACCGGGUCAUCCCAGACUCCACACCCAGGUCUCUGUGGACCGGGACCAACGGGAGCGAGAGCGGAGGGAGGGCCGGCGGCUGAGUAAGGGCCGCUCUCUGGAACACGACCCUGUGGGAGCGGGGGUCCCCCGAUGGACAGAAGAGGGCUAUCACAUAGACCCAAACGCCCCCCGACAAUUAGCCCAGCCCCAGCCAGGGGAGCCACUGGGGGGCAGGCACCCUCUACAGCCCCUGGGGCGAGGCAGGGGGGUUAAGAUUGGGUUUGAGGGUGUUGGGAGUGUUGGGGGCCAGCCCGAGUCUAUGCUGGGCCAGAGGACGGUGGUUGGGGGUAUUGGGAGGCCACAGGACCUUGGCCCUCCACAUCUCCAGACCUCAGAACUCAGGGAACCCCCUGGGUCAGCCCCCGUCCCCGAACCCGGCCCCCUUCUGCGCCGGUCCAAACGGGAAAAGGCUGAGAGCAUGCUGCGAAACGAUUCACUCAGCUCGGACCAGUCAGAGUCUCUGCGGCCGCCACCACCACGACCCUACAAGUCAAAACGUGGCGGUGCCGGGAAGAGACAGACAUCAGUCAGCAGCUCAGAGGAAGAGGGAGGUACCACGCCAGAGUACAGCAGUUGUGAGGACGCCGAGAUUGAGAGUGUCAGUGAGAGAGGUGAGAGAGGCUCCAGUGUAAAAGUUUCCCAUAGACACAGAUCUAGUUUCAGCGUACCCUCCCCAAAUCUUCACCAUCAAAUAUCAAGGAAGAGACACAACCCUGACUUCAGAUCAGCUUCUAGGGCCAGCUUUAUCCCAUACUGUGAAAGAGCUUACCAAUACUGUAUGCAUCCCACACUGCAGUGAAAGAGGUAAGAGAGUGUGGUAAGAUUGUUUUCAAGACAUGCUGAGCACAAUUUUAAAUCAGCGCUCACUCAUUGUGUGUGUGUGUGUGUGUGUGUGUGU